ACGGAUUUUCUGCAUGCAUCAUCCCCCCUCCGCCCACCCCACAGCACGCAUCUUCUGCAGCGUCCUAACCUGCUCUGCUGCUCAUUCCUCACUGCAGCUCAGCACAGCUCAGUCCAGCUGGUUCAGUUCAGGUGGUGCUGAUGGUUCAGGAGGCAUUCAGCGCCUGUAAGGAAAUGUGAGGAAUGCGUCGCUUGGAAUAAGUAGAUGGUCACUAAAGUCUGGCAGGAUUCAUGGAGACAACAGAAGAGCGCGUCUGUUACAAAGUUGGACAAGGGGAAAUCUGGGAAGGUCCCAGGAAAAGAUGCCAAUCUGGAGGAGAAAUACUUCUGUUGAGAAGGAACGCCGUGUCAAAGCCAACGCACGGGAAUACAAUGAGAAGUUCGCAUAUGCGAACAAUCACAUUAAGACCUCAAAGUACAAUAUCUUCACCUUCCUGCCCAUCAACUUGUUUGAGCAGUUCCAGAGGGUGGCCAAUGCUUAUUUUGUGGUGCUGCUCAUACUUCAGUUGAUUCCAGAAAUCUCGUCCCUGUCCUGGUUCACCACCAUUGUGCCUUUGGUUUUGGUGCUGGUGAUCACCGCAGUCAAAGAUGCCACGGAUGACUAUUUUCGACAUAAGAGUGACCAGAAAGUGAACAACCGUCAGUCUCAGGUUCUCAUCAGAGGAAGUUUACAGAGGGAGAAAUGGAUGAAUGUGCGAGUGGGCGACAUCAUCAAACUGGAAAACAACCAGUUUGUUGCUGCAGACAUCCUCCUCCUGUGUAGCAGCGAGCCAUAUGGCCUGUGCUAUAUCGAGACUGCAGAGCUGGAUGGUGAAACUAAUCUGAAAGUCCGUCAGGCUUUGAGCGUGACCUCAGAUUUGGGAAAUGUUUCAACACUAACGGAGUUUGAUGGAGAAGUCAUUUGUGAACCACCGAACAACAAACUGGAUAAAUUCACAGGAACGUUGUACUGGAGAAAUAAUAAAUACUCUUUGGAUAAUGAAAAGAUGCUUUUAAGAGGUUGCGUUCUGAGAAACACGGAGUGGUGCUUUGGAAUGGUCAUCUUUGCUGGACUACAAACCAAGCUAAUGCAGAAUUCUGGAAAGACUAAAUUCAAAAGGACCAGCAUUGAUAAACUAAUGAACACGCUAGUAUUAUGGAUUUUUGCCUUCCUCAUCUGUAUGGGAGUGAUUCUGGCAAUCGGAAACACCAUUUGGGAGACUUAUAUCGGCAGAGGGUUCCAGGUGUUCUUACCAUCAGAGGAGUUUCAGAGCAGUGCCGUUUUUUCUGGCUUCCUCACCUUCUGGUCCUACAUCAUCAUCCUCAACACUGUUGUGCCUAUCUCACUGUAUGUCAGUGUGGAGGUCCUGCGACUUGGUCACAGUUUCUUCAUUAACUGGGACCAGAAGAUGUACUUCACGCAGACCGAUUCCCCGGCUGAGGCUCGCACCACCACUCUGAACGAAGAGCUCGGUCAGGUGGAGUUCAUCUUCUCCGAUAAGACCGGCACGCUCACACAGAACAUCAUGGUAUUCAGCAAGUGCUCCAUUAACGGACGGACGUACGGUGAUGUUUACAAUGAAUUCAAUGAGAAGGUGGAAAUUACAGAGAAAACAGCGUGCGUGGACUUCUCUUUCAACCCCCUCUUGGACGGAGGGUUUAAGUUUUACGACAGCAGCCUGGUUGAAGCUGUUAAACGGGAGGAAUCUUCAGUGCAGGAGUUCUUCAGGCUGCUGGCUCUGUGCCACACCGUCAUGUCCGAGGAGAAGAGUGAAGGGAAUCUGGUGUACCAGGCCCAGUCACCUGAUGAGGGAGCGUUGGUAACGGCAGCACGAAACUUUGGGUUUGUCUUCCGGGCUCGAACGCCAGAAACCAUCACAUUAUGUGAGAUGGGAAGAGCCGCCACCUAUGAGCUGCUGGCCAUACUGGACUUCAACAACGUGCGCAAGAGAAUGAGUGUCAUUGUAAGAAAUCCCAAAGGUCAGAUUAAACUGUACUGCAAGGGAGCCGACACCAUCAUCUUUGACCGUCUGGAUCCGUCCAGUGAAGAGCUGAUGUACGCUACCUCAGAACACCUCAGCGAAUUUGCAGGAGAAGGGCUUCGGACGCUAGCUCUCGCAUACAAAGAUCUCAGUGAAGACUAUUAUGAAGCGUGGAAGAAGAAGCUGCACCAUGUGAGCACCGUGAUUGAGAACCGGGAAGAGCAGCUGGCUGUCCUCUACGAGGAAAUUGAGCGGGACAUGAAGCUUCUUGGAGCCACGGCAAUAGAGGAUAAACUUCAAGAUGGAGUGCCUGAGACAAUCGCCUGCCUGAAUCUAGCUGACAUCAAGAUUUGGGUCCUAACAGGAGACAAACUAGAGACGGCGAUGAACAUCGGCUAUUCCUGCAACAUGCUGCGAGACGACAUGAAUGAGGUGUUUGUUAUCUCUGGACUCACACAGCUGGAGGUGCAGCAGCAGCUCAGGAAUGCUAAGGAGCGUGUCAUCGGUCUGAGCCGGCUGAGCAGCACAGGAGGCGCUGAGAAGGACGACAUGUUUUUAGAAGAUUCAGUUUUUGAAGAAGCCAUCAUUGCAGAGUAUGCCUUAAUUAUCAAUGGCCACAGCUUGGCUCACGCUCUGGAGCCCCAGCUGGAGCAGACGUUGCUGGAUUUGGCCUGUUUGUGUAAAACGGUCAUUUGCUGUCGGGUCACGCCGAUGCAGAAAGCUCAGGUGGUGGAGCUGGUGAGGAGGCACAAGAGGGCCGUCACGCUGGCUGUAGGAGACGGCGCCAACGACGUCAGCAUGAUCAAAACCGCCCACAUUGGUGUAGGCAUCAGCGGACAGGAGGGGAUGCAGGCCGCUCUGGCCUCAGAUUACUCCUUCGCUCAGUUUCGAUUCCUGCAGAGGCUCCUGUUGGUCCACGGCCGCUGGUCCUACUUCCGAAUGUGUAAUUUCUUGGCCUACUUCUUCUACAAGAACUUUGCCUUUACCCUGGUUCACUUCUGGUAUGGUUUCUUCUGUGGUUUCUCAGCACAGACUGUGUACGACCAGUGGUUCAUUACACUCUUCAAUAUUGUCUAUACAUCUCUACCGGUGCUGGCAAUUGGACUUUUUGAUCAGGACGUCAGUGACCAGAACAGCCUCCGCUACCCGAGUCUGUACAAACCGGGCCAGCAGAACCUCCUCUUCAACAAACGGCAGUUUUUCCUUUGCACCCUGCAGGGGAUGGUGACGUCGUUCCUGCUUUUCUUUAUUCCCUACGGAGCCUUCUCCAUCAUGGUGAAGGAAGGCGGCGCGGACUUCUCCGACCAACAGACUUUUGCCGUCACCAUUGCAGCAUCGUUAGUCAUCAUCGUGAGCGUUCAGAUUGGACUGGAUACCCACUACUGGACGGCAGUCAACCAUCUGUUUGUGUGGGGGAGCCUGGUUGUGUAUUUCGCUGUACUAUUUGCAAUGCAGAGCGACGGCUUGUUUGGCAUUUUCCCAAAUAAUUUCCCGUUUAUUGGCACGGCUCGUAACUGUCUUUGGGAGAAGAGCGUGUGGUUGGUCGUCCUGCUCACCACUGUGGUCUGUAUUUUGCCCGGUUUAGUCGUCAGCUUUGUAAGAGUGGACCUCUUCCCAACGCUAACAGACAAGGUUCGUCAUUUGCAGCAGUCCAGGAAGAGGCACAGACCUCAGGAGCAGAGCCUAAGGCGAGUCCGCAGAACCAGCUCCCGCCGCUCUGCCUAUGCCUUCUCCCACCAGCAGGGCUACGGAGAGCUGAUCACCUCAGGCAAAAACAUGAGAAUGAGCGAAAUAUCUUCCACUCACUCCCUGGAGAGAACAGCACAAAGUUCCAGCUGGAUAGAAAACAUCCUUAAGCGGAAGAACGAAGUCUCGUGCAUCUCGGCUGAAGCACCAGAGAACCAUAAAGACUCAAAGGCAUCAGCAAAUAGACUGCAGUAACACAGGAAGUGCCUCAACAAAAUAUUCAUACCCAAUUGUCUUUACACAUUUUUUAUUCUGCAAAGUCGUACAUUAAUGCAUUUGACAGUUUCCUUUGAGAUUGUUUUAUGGAUUUAAAUCUGAAACCAAAAUUUCUGUCCAGCCCCUAUGGUCAAAACUUUAUACAAUUGCUUUUUAUAUUUCACUCAUAUAUGAUUUACAACAUUUGUGCAUCUGUGCACCUUCCUUCUUUUGCAAAAAAAAAUCAGCUCAAUCACAAUGGAUUAAAAGCAUAUGUGCUGACCCCACAGAACAAUGCUGCCACCACUAUGCUUCACCUUGGGGAUGGUGUGUUUUGGGUAAUGUUAUUGGAAGGUUUUUUAAUAUUGUCAGGGUUUGGUUGAGGUUUUGAGGACCCAAAUGCAGAGGUGAGGAGGCAGAGGUGACUUGUAGUUUUAAUGUAGUACUCACAAGCAA